AUGCAUGCCAUUUCGUUGUUGUCGAUUCUUCUUCUCGGUGCGGUUUUAGCACUAGGAAGUAGUACAAAGAUCGAAUACUCGAUCAAGGGCGCCAAUACCUCUUAUCCGGUCAGUCUCAAUGGCAUCAACCUGCUGUCAGCGUCGAUGCAAGAUGUCUCAUCUGCGUUGUCAAACGGGACUGUAACGACGUUGGAACUGGUAGACGCAUAUGUUGCACGACAGAAGGCGUUGGAUCAUCGCGGACUAACCUUGCGAUCUGUCAUUGAAAUCGCCCCUACAGCUCGCGAAAUCGCCCGGCAAUUAGACGAGGAGCGUGCUAAUGGAAACCUGAGAAGUCAGCUGCAUGGUGUUCCCAUCGUUGUUAAAGACAACUACAACACAGAACCCAAAUUGGGUAUGAACACCACCGCCGGGUCGUACUCCCUCCUCAACCAAACAGUCACCGGAGAUGCAUUCGUCGUCUCAAAACUCCGAGAAGCCGGCCUCCUCAUCCUCGGAAAAGCAAACCUCGACGAAUUCGCCGGCAUGAUGGGCAAGGACAACUCUUCCGGAUUCAGCGCCCGCGGCGGCCAAGCAUCAGCCGCCUAUGUCGUAGGAGGCUUUGCAGCCGGAGGCGACCCGUCUGGUAGCUCGGGGGGUUCUGCGAUAGCCGUUUCGGCGGGCUUCGCUGCUGCAUCGCUGGGGACUGAUACGGAUGAUAGUAUUGUGAAGCCUGCGUGUCGGGCAGCGUUGUUUGGGCUGAGGCCGUCGACGGGGCUGACCAGUAGGUCGGGUGUUGUACCGCUUUCGCUUUCGCAGGAUAGCACGGGUCCUCUUGCGAAAUCUACUUGGGAUGUUGCGGCUUUGCUUAGUAUCAUGGCUGUUCAUGAUGAGAAUGAUUCAUAUUCGCGGGCUGCUGAGCCGUUUCGCAAGAAGGACUAUACUGCAUGUCUGAAGAAAGAUGGCUUCAAGGGUCUUCGAAUCGGAGUACCCAGAUACCCUUUCUUCAACGCUAGCAUUACCGGAGCACGGUCUGAGGCCAACCAGGCCGUCGACAAAGCGCUGACAGAAAUGCAAAAACUAGGAGCCACCGUUAUCGACCCGGUGACGUUCCCAAAUGCAGAGGAGUUCACCUAUGCGUAUCCUGGAUUACCGGAACGUUCCAAUAAUGAGACAAUCUUACUUCAAUAUGACCUCAAAGAAGACCUAGCCACCUACCUCCAAACCCAGUUAAUCAACUCCACCAUCAAAUCUCUUCAAGACAUCAUCAACUACAACGAAGCCCACAGCGACCUCGAAUUCCCCCCAGGCCAAUGCUGCCAAGCGACCUUCCUCAACUCCAACAAUCUCCUUCCCCGCGCCUCGUCAGCCGAAUACUGGAUCGCACAGUAUCACCAACAGCGGCUCGACGUGGAAGGUAUGCAGGCCACCAUGCGGCAACAUAAUUUGGAUCUUUUCGUCGUGCCAACUGAAGGCUAUUCGGCGAGGAUGGGGGCUAUUGGGAGAAGACCGGUGGGGACGGUGCCGUUGGGGUAUGACAGGAUUAAUCUGCCGUUCGGGUUGGCGUUUGUGGGGAAGAGUUAUGAUGAAGGGACUGUGCUUAAGGCGAUGUAUGCUUUUGAGAAGGCGUUUCCUAAGAGGCAGGUUCCGCCGACUUUGGAUUAA